GGCGUGAUUUCCCAACAUGCUGUGCGUAGCGGCCCGAGAUGGCGGCCUUGGGGUCUGUCCGCUGGCUUAGGGUCCGCUGCAGACUUUGCCUGCCUCGGUCAGGUCGGCAGGCAGGUUUGUGUGCGUGGGCCCCCUGUUACAGAUUUUAUUCUGGAGGUGUAGCUGUUCCAAAGGUUGAAGGAACUGAUGUAACAGGCAUUGAGGAAGUCAUCAUUCCAAAAAAGAAAACUUGGGAUAAAGUGGCUGUUCUUCAGGCACUUGCAUCCACGGUAAACAGGGAUGCUACAGCUCUCCCUUAUGCAUUUCAAGAUGAUCCUUAUCUCAUACCAACAUCCUCUGUGGAGUCUCGUUCAUUUUUAUUGGCAAAGAAGUCUGGGGAGAAUGCAGCAAAGUUUAUUAUUAAUUCACAUCCCAAAUACUUUCAGAAGGACAUAGCUGAACCUCAUAUACCGUGUUUAAUGCCUGAGUAUUUUGAACCUCAGAUUGAAGAUACAAAUGAAGUUGCGCUGAAAGAACGAAUCAAGCUCAAAAAAGUCAAAGCUUCUGUGGACAUGUUCGAUCAGCUCUUGCAAGCAGGCACCACUGUAUCUCUGGAAACAACAAAUUGUCUUUUGGAUUUGUUGUGUUACUAUGGUGACCAAGAACCCUCAGCUGAUUAUCAUUUCCAGCAACGUGAACAAUCAGAGGAUUUGGAAGAGGCCACGGAGGAAAACCAUGAGAAACCGAAGAAGAAGACUUCUCAUCAGUUACAUGGUGUUAUUUGGCGAGCAAAAAACAAUGCUGAGAGAAUCUUUGCUCUAAUGCCAGAGAAAAAUGCACAUUCCUACUGCACAAUGAUCCGAGGAAUGGUGAAGCACCGAGCUCCUGUGCAGGCGUUAAAGUUAUAUGCUGAAUUAUUAAACAACAGACUACAUGCUGAUGUAUACACUUUCAAUGCAUUGAUAGAAGCAACAGCAAUGAUAACGAACGAGAAAUUUGAGGAAAAGUGGAAUAACAUACUAGAGCUGCUGAAACAAAUGGUUGCUCAGAAGGUAAAACCAAAUCUGCAGACUUUCAAUACCAUUCUGAAAUGUCUCCGUAGAUUUUAUGCAUUUGGAAAAUUGCCAGCUUUACAGACAUUGCGUGAAAUGAAAGCUAUUGGAAUAGAACCCUCGCUUGCAACAUAUCACUAUGUUAUUCAGCUGUUUUACCAACAUGAAAACCCUUCAAAGGGCUCAUCUUCAAUAAUCCAUGAUAUCAUGAAUGAAAUAAUGGGAAAGAAAUUUUCCCCAAAAGACCCGGAUGAUGAUAUGUUUUUCCAGUCAGCCAUGAGAGUUUGCUCAUCUCUCAGAGAUCUAGAACUUGGUUACCAAGUACAUAGCCUUUUAAAUACUGGAGACAAUCGGAAGUUCAUUGGACCUGAUCAUCGGCGUAAUUUCUAUUAUUCCAAGUUCUUCAAUUUGCUUUGUGCAAUGGAACAAAUUGAUGUCACCUUGAAGUGGUAUAAGGACCUGAUACCUUCAGUCUUUUUUCCCCACUCCCAAACAUUGAUAGAUCUUCUCCAAGCAUUAGAUGUGGCCAACCGGCUAGAAGUGAUUCCUCAGGUUUGGAAAGAUAGUAAAGAAUAUGGUCACACUUACCGCAAUGACCUGAAAGAAGAGAUUCUGGUGCUCAUGGCAAGGGAUCAGCACCCACCAGAGCUUCAGGUAGCAUUUGCUGACUGUGCUGCAGAUAUCAAAUCUACUUAUGAAAGCCAAGAUGCCAGACAGACCACUCCAGAAUGGCCAGCCACCUCUCUGAACUGUAUAGUUAUCCUCCUUUUAAGGGCUGGGAGAACCCAGGAAGCCUGGAAAAUGUUGGGACUUUUCAGGAAGCAUAAUAAGAUCCCUAGGAAUGAGUUGCUGAAAGAGUUUAUGGACAGUGCAAAAGCAUCCAACAACCCUGCCCAGGCAAUUGAGGUAGUGAAGCUGGCAGGUGCCUUCAGCUUACCAAUUUGUGAGAGCCUGACAAAGAGAGUGAUGGCAGACUUUGCAUUGAGCCAGGAACAACAGGAAGCCCUGGGAAAUCUAACUGCAUUGACCAGUGACAGCGAUAGUGACAGUGACACCGACACCAGUGAAAGCAAAUAAAGAGGGCAAAUCAGGAGCAGUUGCCAGCCUAGCAUAGUUACUGUAAUCACACUUGUGAACUGAGAUGGUAAUAUUUUACUAUGACAUAAAAACAUGUCUUUGUUCAUACCUGAUACUCAGAUUUUCUGAGUUCUCCACAUCCUGUAAGUUCUCCAUAGAUGAACAAAUGCAGCAUACAGAUUUGAUUAAAUCUGAAGUACAGUUGACACAACACUAAGUAAAUUGGAUCAGAUUCCUAAUUGGAUACUUACCAAGACAUCCUUCAAGGGUCACCAUUAAACAGAAACAGCACCUACGUUUUCAGUUCUUUAGACACAUACUGAAUGUAUAGGUCUGACUUCAGCAUGAGCUCCGCAUACCUACAUUGGCUUCACACACUUUUGGGUAUGGUUUCCCCUCGCCUGUUGUGGACUUAGCCUUUGUGGCCUAUACUGUGAUGUUGGUAUUGCUCAGUCUUAUGACGAUUAAAGGAAGUUUAUACAAUUGUAUCUCAAUUUGUAUUGGGUUAAUAGUAUGCCAAUUUCAGGGAAAUUUAGAUGUGAAAAAUUGUGCAUCUUAGGGCCUCCCCGGUGGCGCAGUGGUUGAGCGCUGGGUUGCGAAGCUGCCCCCAGCCUCUGCAGCGCCGGUUCGAUCCCCGGCUGCUCCCCGGCCACUGGAGGAGGAUCCCACAUGGCGCGCAGACCUCUCCUGCCGCCCGCUGCUCCCCUCAGCAGUGUACUUCGUCAGUCUGCCUGGUCUGCUCCCCGCUCUGGCUCUGGUGAAUUCUCUCACCCUCCCGUGCUUCUGACUGUACCCAGUGCUUGUAUAAAUAAAUAAAUAAAUCUUAAAAAAAAAAUUAAAAAAAUUGUGCAUCUUAAAAGUAAACAAUGGCAGGAUAAAGAUUGAAUACUGUAAUUAAUAUACAUGUAAAUACUGUAAUUAAUGUAGCCAUUAUUUUUAUAUAGAUUGCCUUUGCCACACUUCCCCCUAGACUUGGGGCUUGCAAGAAUGUUCCAUUUCUCCCUUUCUGUGUAUGUGCCGGCACCUUUUUUAAUUGGGUUAUACUUAAAAAAGCUCUUGUGAUUACAAAAGGAUUGAAAUGUGUUCUCGCAAUGACUGUGUUAUUACUAAAAAUCAACUUGAUCAAGAAUGUCUUUGGCAUUUCUAGCUUACAAUGACGAAUUUUAGGCGGUAUUAGAAGCAAACAGGAAUUUGUGAGGUUUGCAGGAGCAGUCUCACAAAGGCCAUCACAGGCUUCUUUGCUCCUAUUUAUCAGAUUUCCUAAGGCUACCCCAUGAGCUGUUCUCCACAGAUGAUCAGAUUCAUCCUUACUCUGUAUGGUUUGACAUAAGGAUACUACACUAAUGCAUGUUAUGUACAUUUAUGACCCUUUCUAGCCAGGACCCAUCCAUUCAUAUUCAGAAUCCUGAGUAUUGUUCAUAUUUUCUCCUAGAAUGUUAGAAAUUAAGACAUCUAAUGGAGGGACACAGGAUGAAAACAGCCAUUAGCUACUUAAGUAUUUAUGUACAUUGUUCCAUUAGCCCCUUGACAUACCAAAGCAAAUGAAUGAAAACACAGGGCUGAUUAGCCUUUAAUCUUGGUUCACAGUUUCCAGUUAGACACCAGAAGCCUAUGUUGAGCCCUUCAAACACCUGCUUCCUGGGCCAUAUGCAAUACUCAAAAAUGUAGGUACACCUCUCCCCACAUCAAGUCCUAAGUGAAUUUUCACAUGUUUUGCAGCUAUGGAGUUAAUGAGGAGAUAGUCCACCAGUAAGGACUUGUUUUAUAUCCCAACAUCUCCAUCCUUGAAAAUGUUCCGUGUGUAUUUUAAGAAUAUUUAGGUGUGUUUUUUUUUGAGGUAGAAUAUGACUUAAAAAGUCAAUCAGGUCUAACGUGUCAUUUAAGACCAUUGUUUCGUUUUGUAUAAUCUAGCUGCUGAUUAAAGCGGGGCGCUAAAAUCCACUGUUAACUGUGUUGCUGUCAGUUUCUUUUUGGUCUGAACAAGGAAUAAGAAAAUCUGAGUAGGGCCUCCCUGGUGGGGCAGGGGUUAAAGACAGCGCUAUCAAGCUAUUGCCAGCCCCGGCCAGGUUGCUGACCCACAUGGCGCAGCAGACCUCUCCUGUCUUGCCUGCUGCCCCCAUCAGCAGUGUAUUUCAGUAGAUCCACCUGAUCUGCUCCCCACUCUGUCUCUGGUAAAUCCUCUCACCAACCCCCCACCUCUGGCUUAUACCCCAGUUCUUGUAUAAAUAAAUCUUUAAAUAAAAAAAAAAUCAGUAGACUGAUUGCUAGUAGUGAAUAGUCCCCAAAUCACAGUCCAGAUCAGACACUUUCAUUGGUAAAUUCCACCGAACAGCAAACCUUCAAAGAUCUAAAUGCCCUUUUUUUUUAAAAGAUUUAU